ACUAUUUGUCACAACAGAUGAGUAUAAGAGGCCAAGAGAAAUGCUGAGCUGACGAGUUGGUCCGGACUCGGCUCUUUUCUGUGAAGAUAUCUUGAUCGGACAAUGGAUUCGUUUGGCGUGACCUUGAAGGCCGAUAGCAUUCCAUUUCGAAUCAGCGGUCAGUGUGGUUGGAAUCAACGUUCCGUGCUCUGGGGAGAGAGUAUUCGAAGAUGCAAACAGAUGCAGAUGAAUGUGCACCCGCGGAAUAAUCCUUCUUCUCAGACCUGCGCUACAAAGCUUAAACCAGGAGUUGCUCAUUCUGUUCUCAUGUCAGAUAUCGAUGAGGAAGCAAUGAUUUUACAGGCUCCCAUAUUGGAGGCUCCAAGAGCUGAUCCGAAGAAGGUCGCUUCAAUCAUUUUGGGCGGAGGUGCUGGAACUCGCCUGUAUCCUCUCACCAGCCAGCGAUCCAAACCUGCGGUUCCAAUUGGAGGUUGUUAUAGGCUGAUCGACAUACCUAUGAGCAAUUGCAUCAAUAGUGGCAUCGAAAAGAUAUUCGUUCUAACACAGUUUAAUUCAUUUUCUCUCAAUCGUCACCUUGCUCGUAUUUACAAUUUUGGAAAUGGAGUGAAUUUUGGCAAUGGAUUCGUGGAGGUUCUAGCUGCCACUCAGACUCAGGGUGAAACCGGAAAGAAGUGGUUCCAAGGAACUGCCGAUGCUGUCAGGCAAUUUAUAUGGUUAUUUGAGGCUGCUAAGACCAAAAAUGUUGAAAACAUUCUAAUUUUGUCGGGCGAUCACCUUUACCGGAUGGAUUACAUGGAUUUUGUGCAGAGACAUAUUGACACAGAUGCAGAUAUUACAGUAUCAUGCAUACCAAUGGAUGAUAGCCGAGCAUCAGACUACGGUCUCAUGAAAAUAGAUGAUACAGGACGCAUUCUACAUUUUGCAGAGAAACCAAAGGGAUCUGACCUGAAAGCAAUGGAAGUUGACACGAGAGUUCUAGGACUUUCAGAACAAGAUGCAAGAACAAAUCGUUAUAUUGCAUCAAUGGGAGUCUAUGUAUUUAGAACUGAUAUUCUACUAAAGCUUUUAAAAUGUACUUAUCCCUCAUGCAAUGACUUUGGCUCAGAAAUUAUUCCAUCGGCUGUUAAGGACCACAAAGUUCAAGCAUAUCUAUUCAAUGACUACUGGGAGGACAUUGGAACCGUGAGGUCAUUUUUUGAUGCCAACUUAGCUCUAACGGAACAGGGCCCGAAGUUUAAGUUCUAUGAUCCAAAGACUCCAUUUUAUACAUCACCUAGAUUCUUGCCCCCUUCCAAAGUUGAGAAAUGCAGGAUUGUAGAUGCAAUAAUAUCUCAUGGUUGCUUUCUCCGAGAAUGUAAUGUUGAACACUCCAUCGUUGGUGUGCGCUCUCGAUUGGAGUACGGUGUGGAGCUUAAGGAUACUAUGAUGAUGGGUGCGGACUACUACCAGACUGAAUCUGAAAUUGCAUCUCUGCUUGCCGAUGGAAAGAUCCCAAUUGGCAUUGGAGAGAACACCAAAAUCAGGAAUUGCAUAAUUGACAAGAAUGCCAAGAUUGGAAGAAAUGUGGUUAUUGCAAAUACUGAAGGCGUUCAAGAAGCUGAGAGACCAGACGAAGGAUUUUAUAUAAGAUCCGGUAUCACAGUCACAUUGAAGAAUGCGAAGAUAAAAGAUGGAACCAUUAUUUAAAUUCCAAUGGCAGCAGCCUUGUGGUAGUCAGGCCAAGAGAUAGGUGAGGGUUGAAAAUGAAGCAAUUGCUGGAGGUUUGAAACCUACAAUUCUCAGCAAUGAAUAAUUGGCGUAAAUACUUAACUUCUUUUCUUUAUGUAAAAUGUAGAAAGCCAAAAUAUUUCCUAAGACAACUCUUGAUUUCAAUCCUUAUAUCACAAGGCACCACAUUCAG